AUACUUGGAUGAAAGUAUUACGUAGUUUUUAAUAACAAAAAAUAGGCAAUGUUUGUUUCGUUUUCUUACAUAAUCAUAUUAAAAUAAGUUCUAAUUGAAUCUAUUGUUUUUAAACAAAAAUAAUGGGAAACUCUAGAUCAAAAUCAGAUGGUGAUGAAGAUUGUGGAUGGGUUAAAACUUAUAAAGAAAUCAAAACAAAUCAUGAUGAAGCAUAUAGAUGUAUUGAUUGUGCCAUUACAUUGGAAGAAGAAGAACGAAAGAAUGAGGCUUUGGAGAAGUAUAAACUUGGAAUAAGUAUAAUCGAUAAAGUAUUAAAUAUCCACGUAGAAUGUCCAGAAAAAACCGACGAAACAUGGGUAGAAGCUUGCGGUAUGAUUCAAAAAAUGAAACGAACUCGUGCCGAAAUUAUAAAACGAAUAGCUUCAAUACAAUCAUCAACAGAGCAACAACCUUCAACAUCUGGUACAGUGGCUACGAAAGUAGCCACACCAGCAGAUCCACCUCCUAGCUACGAAGAGGCAGUGUCUGAAUCAAGUUCUGCAACACCACAUACCUAUUCAGAAUUAGCUAGUGCAUUAGAAAAUUUAAAAAUUGAACCGACUGCAACUGACACAAGAGAAUUAGCGCUUGUUUAUGCCCAAGAUAAUGUACGGGUUUAUUUUAUUUCACCAGAUGGUACCGUCGUAUCAUUUAAUAAUUUAGAAACACUAAAUAUAUACGUAGCUGUCGGUGAGAAAAAGAAUCCAAACGACCCUGAUGGUUUUAUGGAAAUAAACGAAUGGAUCUAUCCAUUAAUUCCUGCUGUAUCACCAUGCUUUAAAUCAGAAUUUGGUGCGCUUAUUGUUCCCGAUACAAAUGCUCCAGCAACAGGCAGUGCUAUUGGAAUUGUUCUUCCACCAGAUGCGGAUAUCGAAGCUCUUCUAUCAUUACUUGACGACAUUAUUCAUGGGGUUGUUUCUGCAGACAUACCCGUAUUACCCAUACCUUAUUCAGCUGCUCCUAAAAGUCGUUCCAGACGUGAAUUACCCCGUAAUCCCUUUUAUAGUAACACAAUUUCCAAUGGUAUUGUAAAUGGAGCUUGGUAUAUGCGUGAAGGACUUAUAAAAGGUGCACAAGCUGCUGGUUCUUUAAUUAGUUAUGGUACACCAAAAUUACUUACCAAAAUUAGGCCAGCUGAAGAACCUACUCCGAUAAAUCCAAAAUUAACAAAAGGUCUUAAUACGGCUAAAAAUGUUACGGGUGCUGCAGUAUCAGUAACUGGGUUUGUUGCUGGAAAAGUUGGAAGUGCAACAAUGGCACUUGGACGUUAUUUAGCGCCGCAUAUUCAAAAGCAAGGAACUAAAUUAUUAACAACUAAAUUCAAUAUGGAUGAAGAUUCUGCACAUUUGAAAGUUGAUGGCGUAUUAAAUGUUGCUGCUGGAGCUGUUGAAGGAUUAGCCACUGUUUAUUCUGGAUUAGAGCAAUCGUCAAAAAUAUUAGGCGAGAGUAUUACCCAUAAUACUGUUAAAAUUGUCGAACACAAAUAUGGUCCAGAUGCUGGUGAAUUAACCGAAGAUUCAAUUUACACAAUGGGAAAUGUAUAUAAUUUUACAAAUAGUAUGAAAUUUUUCAAACCAAGCUCUCUAGCAAAAUCAACAGCAAAAGGUGCGGGAAAGGGAUUUUUAACAGAGUUCAAAGAACAUCAUCUGCUUACACACGAUGGAUAUACGAUACCCGAUUUAACAUCGUUUAGUGCACAUGUUCAAAAUUUACAUGCGAAUGCACCAAAUUCAAAUGGAUCUCCCGCGCCCUCCACGUCGUUAGAGAAAAAUUAACGACAAAUAAUAUGUAAAUCUUAGCCACAUUAUUUUAUUUAUAUAAAUCGAAAAUGCUAUUUAUAAUUUGUUAUGGAAAUUGAGAUCUAUCUAAAAAAUGUCAUAAAAUUUGAAAGUAAAAAUACGUACUUUUUGGCCUAU